AUAAUGGUUAAGAGGUUGGAGGAUUCUCAACACUCUGAAAAAGAGUUUAGGUCUGAGAUGGCUACUCUGGGGAGUGUGAGACAUCGAAACUUGGUUCCUCUUUUAGGUUUCUGUAUGGUCGGUAAGGAGAGGCUUCUAGUUUAUAAGCACAUGCCAAAUGGAACCCUUUAUGAUCACUUACAUCCGACUGAUGAUGCUAGUAGGCCAAUGGAGUGGUCCUCACGGCUUAAAAUUGGUAUAAGGGCGGCAAAAGGUUUUGCAUGGCUACAUCAUAACUGCAAUCCCCGCAUAAUUCAUCGGAACAUAAGUUCAAAGUGCAUUAUGCUGGAUGCUGAUUUUGAGCCCAAAAUAUCUGAUUUUGGUCUUGCUAGGCUCAUGAACCCAAUUGAUACACAUCUGAGCACCUUUGUAAAUGGAGAGUUUGGGGAUUUGGGUUAUGUUGCUCCAGAGUACACAAGAACUCUGAUGGCCACUCCAAAGGGAUGUUACAGCUUUGGUGUUGUGCUUCUUGAGCUAGUAACUGGUGAGAAACCUACUAAUGUGGCUAAUGCUCCGGAAAGCUUUAAGGGAAAUCUAGUGGAAUGGGUUAUGCACUUAUCGAGUAAUGCACAACUCCAAGAUGCGAUUGACAAGUCUUUGAUUGGGAAGGGUUCUGACAGUGAACUUCUUCAGGCUCUUAGCAUCGCACGCAAGUGUGUUUCAUCAACUCCUAAGGAGAGGCCUACCAUGCUUGAAGUAUACCAAUUCUUGAGAGCUAUUGGUGAGCGAUAUGAUUUUACCACCGAGGAUGAGAUUUUUAUGCCAUCAGACAGUGGUGAUGUUAAUUAUCUUCAGGAACUUAUUGUAGCUCAAGAAACUAAAGGAAAAUAGUUGAUAAGGUCCUCCAUCCGGUCUUUUCUCUGUGUUUGGAAUCAAAUCUUUCCUCCAUUUCUUCCGAGUAAGGUAGAAAAUUCUUGUUGUAUAAGGUGAUAGCUAGGACUUCAGAUCAUUUGCUGUUGUUCUCUUAUUGCCUUUGAUGCCCAACUUCUCAUUUUCUUAAUUUGAGUUGAGUUGGUAUUGUGUCUGCUUUCAACAAGUAUGAUCUUGUCAAGGUGUCCAGGGUGGUAAGAAGAUCAAGCGAUUAUUGCUCAAGUACCCCGUCGGUUAUUAAGAAGUAGAGCUGUGGAACUUCAGACGUGGUAUUUUUCAUUUGACAGAGUGACAGAAUAAUUGGUUUGAGACUCCCUUCUUUUCUUGUUUUAAAGAGUUACCAUCUCUGUACUGAUUAGAUUUGGGAGAUCUUAGAUAUUAAUUGAUCUGUGAAUGUCUUUUGCACACGCUUUGUUUAUAUUAUCUCAUAUCUUUUGUACAUGCUUUGUUAUAUUAUCUCAUUCUUACAAAAAGGUAGAAAAUCAAUAACAAGGGUGUUUUUGGAUACCCAUACUGGAUAUCAUGCAAGGCUUGAACUCUA